UUGAAGCAUUGUUGUGUUGGUUUCGUAUUAGAACUCGACACGUCAUGGUGUUGAAAAGAAGUCGUAUAUUUUAGGAAUUUUAUAAAAACAACUUUCGUAAUAAAUCUUAUAGUGAAGUAAUAUACUAUUGCAACGGUUACAAUUUAAAGGUCACAAUGAGACUGUGUACACAUAUCUUUAUUCUCAUUGCAUUACUGCACUGUUCAUAUGCACCUCCUGUGUCACCAGACAAAAAAGAUCAAGACAGUGAUGUUAUUGAUGAUGUUGCCGAGUACACGGAGUAUCACAGAUACCUGCAGGAAGUGGUACAGGCGUUAGAAAGCGAUGCAGACUUUAGAGAGCGCCUCGAGAGAGCAGACGAAGAUGAUGUUCGCUCUGGUAGAAUUGCGGAACAGUUAGACUUCGUCAAUCACAACGUGAGAAGUAAGUUAGAUGAGAUCAAGCGUAGAGAGCUGGAAAGGCUCAGGCAUCUUGCUACAAAGGAAUUUGAAUUAACAAAUGAACUCGAUGUACAUAGCAAGGUGCCGACAAACGAACAUUUGGAUCACACGAACCCUCAUACAUUUGAAAUUGAGGAUUUGAGAAAAUUGAUACAAAAAACCACAGCGGACUUGGAGGCCGCUGACAUGAAGCGUAAGGAAGAAUUUAAGGAGUACGAGAUGCAAAAAGAGUUUGAGAAACAUCAAAAGAUAGAAUCUAUGAACGAGGCUGAAAAGAAGGAAUAUAUGGAGGCUGCGAAAAAGGAGGAAGAAGCUAAGAAACAUCAUCAGCCGCUCCACCAUCCCGCUUCAAAAGAUCAGCUGUUAGAGGUAUGGAAUACGGCUGACAAUAUGGAACCGAAAGAUUUCGACCCGAAAGUAUUUUUCAUGAUGCACGAUGUCGACGGUAACGGUGUUUGGGACGCUAAUGAAGUUAAAGCACUAUUUAUCAAGGAAUUAAACAAGUUGUACGGUCCCACUGGUCCCAAUACGGAUUUACACGAACGCGCUGAGGAAAUGGAACGAAUGAGAGAACAUUUCUUCAAGGAGAACGAUCGCAAUCACGACGGUUUGAUAGAUUACAACGAGUUCAUGAUGGAGACACAGAAACCUGAAUUUAAUCGGGAUGAAGGUUGGCAACCAAUAGACGAAAAUCAGAUUUAUACUCAAGCAGAGUACGAAGCGUACGAACGGAAGAGACUUGAAACACUACACUAUUUACAGCAACGUGGCUUGGUCGAUGCUCAAGGUCGCCCGAUACCUGGCGCUGAACAUCAAAUACAUCAAGCAGUUAAACAACACCAACAGCAACAACAGCAACAAGCUUACCAACAAUCUCAGUACCAUGGUGCACAAGCCCAAUAUCAUCCCCAAGGGCAGCCAAUGGGACAACCUCAGUAUGCCCCUGUGCAGUCACAAGGAUAUCAACAACCACCAGCUUACCAACAAUAUCCUGGACAACAACAAGGACAACCGCAAGGCCAAGUGCCUCAAGGACAACCGCAAGGACAGUACCAGGGACAAGUGCCUCAAGGUCAAUAUCAAGGACAAGUAGCUCAAGGACAGCCGCAAGGUCAACCACAAGGUCAGUAUCAAGGACAAGUACCUCAAGGACAGCCGCAAGGUCAGUAUCAAGGACAAGUAGCUCAAGGACAGCCGCAAGGCCAGUAUCAAGGUCAAGUGGCUCAAGGACAGCCGCAAGGCCAGUAUCAAGGUCAAGUGGCUCAAGGACAGCCGCAAGGCCAGUAUCAAGGACAAGUGCCACAAGGACAGCCUCAAAGCCAGUAUCAAGGACAAGUACCACAAGGACAGCCGCAAGGCCAGAAUCAAGGACAAUAUCAGGCACCAGCUCAGGGGCAGCCUAUACAGAAAAAUCAACAGCAACAACAGAAUGUUCCAGUUCCAGCUGCACAAGUCCAACAAGCACACCAACCAGCACAGCCGCCACAAGCUCAAAAUACUCCGGAUGUGGUUUCAAACCACACUUGAGUAAGUCUCACGUCAGUCGUUAUUUAAAGAUAUAAUGUAAGAAACAUAAAAUGAUGUUUAGAAUUUAGACAAUAUUCAUUUAAUACUACUGUGUGCUGUGCUGUGCUGUUUAAAAUGGUGCCAAUUUCUUGUAUUGCAAUGUUUCCAUUCUAUAAUUAUAUUUAAAUUAUUGUCUAUUUGCCUGUACUAUUGGGAUUAUAGAUUUUAAUAAUAAAGUUGUCAUCAAUA